AUGGCGGACUCAGUCGAUCGGGUGUUCGUCCAUGCUCUUAACACGGUCAAGAAAGUCCCCAAGACCGGGGCACUGCGGCCCCCGCCGUCAGAUCGGAUGCGACUCUACGGCCUCUAUAAGCAGGCGAUGGAGGGCGACGUCGAUGGAGUCAUGGAUAGGCCGACUGCCAGCUCAGGCAUGCACGGGGACGAACUACAGAGGGAACAAGAUAAGUGGGACGCGUGGGACUCGCAGAGGGGCCUGAGCCGUACUGAGGCAAAGAGGCGGUAUAUCGAGGCCUUGAUCGAGACAAUGCACAAAUACGCUACAACACCGGACGCAGCAGAGUUGGUAUCCGAGUUGGAAUUCGUAUGGAACCAGAUCAAGAACAACAGCCCGAGCUCCUCGAACGAGUCGGCGAAACAGCUAGGGACCGACGGGCCCAUGAAGGUGUUGAGCCCAAUGAGCGAGGAGGACGAGGCGGAGCUAGACUACCAGAGGCGCAUGGCUGCCGGUGACCCGGAUGACGACGGCGAGUAUGUCAAGAGGGGGGGCAAGUGGUCCAAGAAGAUGGAGCGGGCGAUCGUGCGACUUUCUACGGAGAUAGCGGCUCUCAGGGAACAAAUAACGUCCGGGCGAGAAUGGAGGUCCAGAAAAGAGAGGAGCUUUGGGGCCUGGGUUAGGUGGCUGCUCUGGACGGUCAUGAAGCAUGCCGUUGCCGAUGCACUCCUGAUAUUCCUUGUCCUGAUAUGGAUGCGGAGGAGGAAAGACAGAAGACUGGAGGACCACUUCCGGGCAGCCGUGAAAAUUGGAAGAGAGUACGUGCGGAAGGUCCUGCCCUCGAGAUGA